AAUAAAGGUCCUUUGUCUCUCCAUAACGAGAUGUCAUAUUCACUUUGAUUGAAUUUUGGGUUUUCAGCCCAUUCCCCUUCGUCUCCUGUCCUCCUCCCUUGGCUAGUUACCAUUUUCUUUGGUACCGGGGGUGGUGGGCGUACUUUCUUUCCUUGCAAAAAAAUGGAAGGCUCCUGCAAUGAACGCCUUUAUUUUGGCAAAAUGGGUUAUGGAUGUGAGCACUAUAGGAGAAGAUGCAGGAUUAGGGCACCUUGCUGCAAUGAGGUCUUUGAUUGUCGACAUUGUCACAAUGAAGCAACGAGCUUGUUGCGCAAUAUAUUUGAUUGGCAUGAACUGGUUCGACAUGAUGUUAAGCAGGUCAUUUGCUCAGUUUGUGAUACAGAACAGCCAGUUGCUCGCGUUUGUACAAACUGUGGUGUAAAUAUGGGAGAAUACUUUUGUGAAGUGUGCAAAUUCUAUGAUGAUGAUAUAGACAAAGGGCAAUUUCAUUGUGAUGAUUGUGGAAUCUGCAGAGUUGGUGGUCGUCAGAACUUUUUUCACUGCAAGAAGUGUGGCUCUUGCUAUUCAGUUAGUUUACGUAAUAACCACUCGUGUGUGGAGAACUCCAUGCGGCAUCAUUGUCCCAUUUGUUAUGAGUAUCUCUUUGAUUCUCUUAAAGACACAACAGUAAUGAAAUGUGGGCACACAAUGCACACUGAGUGCUACCACGAGAUGAUAAAGCGUGACAAAUCCUGCUGCCCCAUAUGUUCCAAAUCAAUCAUAGAUAUGUCGAGAGUUUGGCGAAGAAUGGAUGAGGAGAUUGAAGAGACAAUCAUGCCUGAAGAUCUUAGAGACAAGAAGGUUUGGAUUCUAUGUAAUGACUGUAAUGAUACAACCGAAGUAUUCUUCCACAUUAUCGGGCAGAAAUGCCGACACUGUGAAUCAUAUAACACCCGUAUGAUUGCAUCUCCAGUUCUUCCUCAAUAACAAUCUUCUUACUGGAAAAACUGAUUGUUGUGCGUGGGAACCUGGUGUCAGGGGCCAGUAACAAGAGGAUGAUUUUCACCAAAUGUGAUUCUUUUCAUUCCUUUUUACAUGAUUUGCCGCCUUUGCAACAUAACUCAACUUGCAUUUCGGGUAUUAUUCUUUCUUCAAUGAUGUGGAGUAGAAAAUCCAACUGAUCUGAUACUGGACUUAUAUGUACCAUAUAUGCAUAACUAUUGUAUCAAAACUAUCUAGUGUGUUAAAAUUGCCAAAAUGGAUGAUGGUAUUACAAUUCAUGCAACCAUUUCCUGUUGUAACAUGCAUAUGAUUUAUAAUCACUGUAAAUAUUUAUUUGUAUAA